AUGAUUUUUGGGGAUGCAGCUUUGGAAUAUAAGAAGGUUUGGGAUUAUACAACUACCAUUUUGAAGUAUAACCCGGGAAGUACAGUUGUUGUGAAGACCAAUCUUGGGAUUGGAUGGUGCUCACUUGAAGGGGCUUAUCCAGGUAUUCUACUAACAGCUGUGGGGAAAGAUGGCAACACCAACAUCUUCCCAAUAGCAAGGGCAGUUGUAGAAGUAGAAAAUGGGGAAACUUGGACAUGGUUUUUGGAGUUUCUAAGGAAGGACAUAGCAACAGUUGCAGACUCUAUCACUUGGGUUCAUGAAUUUGAUGAACUCACUUACAUGAGUGACAGGCAAAAGGGCUUAUUGGAUGCGUUUGCUACAAUUAUGCCUGAUGCAGACACUAGGUGCUGCUACAAGCACAUUUGGAGCGACUUCAAGAACAAAUUUGAAUUCCCUGGGAUUGUCUACAAAGAGCACUUUUGGAAAGCUGCAAGGUCAACCACAGAGUCAAGACAUAAAUUCAGCUCCUCCUCCAAGUCAAGUAUGCUUUUGAACAAUUGUUGUGAGAGCUUCAACAAUGUUCUCAAAGAAGCUAGAACCAAGCCUAUUCAACAGUUGAUGGAGUGGGUAAGAAGAUAUGUAAUGGGAAGGUUUUAUGCAAAAAAGGAAGGGCUUAAAUCUUUCACUGGUGUGAUCAUGCCAACUGUUUUGAAAAUGGUGCAUAAAGGUCUACAACAAGUGUCCAGCAUGAGAGUAAGUCAAGCUGAUUUAAUGGGGUUUGAAGUUGAUGACUCGGAAGACACUUAUGUUGUCAAUCUGGAAACCAAAGCUUGUAGCUGCAACAGAUGGACACUUAUGGGAUUUCCUUGUUGGCAUACACUUGCUUGUAUUCAAUUGAGAAGGCUUGACAUUGAGAACUUCAUCCACCCAGCUUAUCAUGUGGAGACCUACACCAAGGCAUAUGCUCCAACUUUUAAAGCAAUGUCAGUUCAUCAGCAGUGGGAAGUCACUCCUUAUCCCAGGCCAUUACCUCAUGUACACAAAAUCUUACCUGGCAAGCCUUCAAGUAAGAAGAGAAAGAACGAAGCUGGAGAAGAUAAAGAGAGGAAGAAUGUCAAGAGGGAAAAGGUGCAAAACAAAUGCUCUAAUUGUGGUGGGUUGGGGCAUUACAAAAAUAAGUGUCCAAGCCCACCUAUUAAUAAGCCAAAGAGGCAACCUGGAAGACCAAAGAAAGUUGCAGCAGCAGGGCAAGCAGCAACAGGCCAAGCAGCAGGAGCUACCUUAUCACAACAACUGAGUCAAUCAACCCAAGCUUCACAACACUCCAUCUCGCUGUCUGCACCCCAACAUGGAACCCUGCAUGCUCAUUGA